AACGAUAGAGAGCUCCAACAGAAGAUCAUUGUUGCUUCCCUUGCAUCACCAGCUCAUGUUGACAGUCAACUGACUUUUCCGCCAAUAAUUAUCAUAACAGCCAUCAAAGACAACCACCAUAUACCCCAAUGAGUUCGAAGAAACCUGUUGUUGUUCUUGAUGGCGGUACAGGGUCAUCGCUGGCAGAGAUGGGCUUCCAAGAAAUUGAGGGAGACCCCCUUUGGUCCGCUUUAGUUGUGAACACCAGUCCGCAGGCAGUCGUGGACCUUCACAAAGCGUUUUUGCAAAAUGGCGCAGACGUGGUGGUGAGCGCUACCUACCAAGCCUCGAUCGAAGGACACAUGAAACGAUUUGGACUAUCCGAGGCGCAAGCAGCAGAUCUCAUCACCGAAGGGGUUAAUCUGGCUCGCCGAGCUCGCAACGAAGUACAGGAAAAUACAGGUCGCGCUUGCUGGGUGGCUGGCAGUGUGGGGCCGUACGGUGCCAUUCUCUGCGACAGAUCCGAGUACAACGGGCGGUACGCGGAAAGCAUGUCCAUCCAGGAGUUAACCUCGUGGCACAUACCGCGCCUGGCCGCCAUCUUGAAAGGUCAACCGGACAUACUGGCCAUCGAGACGAUUCCAGUUGUGAAGGAGGUAGAGGCCAUCCUGGAGAGCCUGAAGAAGUUCCCUGGCGCUAAAGCCUGGGUGUCGUACCAGUGCAAGGACGGCGGUCACACGGGACACGGUGAGAAUAUCAGAGACGCCAUGCGGGCAGCGGUGCAGAGUGAUCAGGUGGUGGCGGUAGGGGUGAACUGCACCUCCCCGUCUCACAUCACCCCCAUCCUGCAGGCUGUGGAACCACUGAGACUGACAGUCCCCAUCCUCGUCAAGCCAAACAGAGGCUGCGAUUCUUUGGGAUACGUUUCGGAGCAAACAUCAUCCAAGUUAUCGCUAGCUGAGAUGGCGACGGAGUGGAUCGCCCAGGGUGCAUCGAUGGUCGGAGGAUGCUGUGAGUAUAAUCCAGGAGACAUUGGCGAGCUGCGGCGAUCAUUGGAGGCAAGGGCCGACAUCACUUUGUGCGGCAUGACAAGACUUCUCACAAACUGAGCCCCUAAAAUGGGAUCCUGCUUCAUAUUCUCAUCUUCUCAUGCCUUGUCGUCAUGGCAAUAUCUCAGGAGAUUCUCGAAAACAAUUAUUCAAGUUUUAAUGGCAGUCUUGUAAUGAAAAAUAACGCAGAAAAGUCAUCUUUUUGUUUGUUCAGUAUUAUUGAUAGUUUACCGGAGUUAUUAUAUUAGAGAUUUUAAUACACAGCUUGCUUUUGAUUUUCAAGCUUUGUGAACUCAAGAAAAUCCUCUUAUUAAUGCUUUAAAUGAUUGCAAUUUUUUUCCCUUUUAGUUGUUUUAUUUGUCGUUCAAAUAUCUCUGAUAUCCUGACUGGUUAUUUUGAGGGGACCAGUAGCAAGUUGCAUUUAGUGUUCUGAUUGAAAAGUCAUAUGGCUUAGAAAUGAUACUGGUAAUGAAACGCAUAUGUGACCUUGUCUAUGUACACUGUACAUGCAUGUGAGCUUGUACAGAAGGUAUUGUUUUCAUUAUAAAAAAUGUAUCUUGUAUACAGAAAAAAA